AGAAAAAACGGAUCAACAAUGCAGAAUGUGAAACUCGUCGUAGUAGGCGAUGGUGGGGUUGGUAAAAGCUGUAUGUUAAUUGCGUACACAACAAAUGCUUUCCCUGGGGAAUAUGUGCCAACGGUUUUUGAUAACUACAGCGCAAAUGUGAUGGUGGACGGAAAACCUGUGAAUCUAGGGCUCUGGGACACAGCUGGACAGGUGAGAUAAGCUUUCAUGUUGUAUAUUUUGACGGUACUGUUUGAAAUUAGGAUUUAUUAGACAAAACUAUCAAGUAAGUGUCUAUUAUAAAUUAAAUAAUACGUAUUUGCUGUGGACUCUACAGAGUUAUCUCUGUAUUGUUUAGAGCUGUUGUUUAUUAACUUUACAAUGGAAGGGGAAAGAACUGUUGUUAAUAAGUAUAGUGAUUAAAAAAUUGAAUACCCUACCUUACAAAUAUAUUUUAAAAACAUAAAAAUAAAAAAAAACAAAUUAAAUUUCUUUUUUAAAUCUUGACUUACACAUUAAUGUUCAUUGUUGAUCCUACGGUUUUGAGACUGUUCCGUGUGAUUUAAAAAAAAACUAUUUAAUUCUACUAAAUAUCGUUAUGAUUGGCUAAUUGACUAUUUUAAAAUUAAUUUUGUGCCAUUAAAUUGUUAAAAUUUGUAGGCCCAUUUAUAAUUUAUAGCAUGUGUUAAAGGAACCUAAAAAUCCUUAACUCUGUUAAUUUUAAAUUAUACAGGAAGACUAUGAUCGACUGCGUCCUUUGUCUUACCCACAAACUGAUAUUUUUCUCAUCUGCUUCUCUGUUGAGAGACUUUCGUCAUUAGAUAAUGUUAAAGAUAAAUGGCUGCCAGAAAUAAAACAUUUCUGUCCAGAAACUCCUAUUGUGUUAGUUGCAUGUAAAACAGGUUUGUAUUCUAUCAAGGUUAUAAAAGAAAUGUUGGUUUUAACAUAAAAAGAAGCUUUAUGUUAGGUUAAAAAUUAGAUUGGUGUUAUUUAUAAUAUGUACUAUAACUAUUUGAACAACAUGUGAUUGGUCCUUUUAUUUUAUUAUUUUUUUGACUAAAUAUCAGGAGGCAUUGUAAACUUUUUUGACAUUUUUACAUUGAAACUCAAAUGUAAAGUUUACACUUAUAAAGUUUCAAUAUAUGGGAACUAUUACACAAUAGUUGACAAUACCCCAUACUUAAUGUUGACCCAUUACAUUUGCAUAUAAAUAAUCUAUUCAGUUUUACUUAACAUGUGCAAAGUAAUCAGAAAUAAUUUAAGUAAGGAAGAAAAAUUAUAAUUUAAUUUCAUUAUAGGAAAAAAAACAACCCUGUAAGCAUGAUCUACAGUCACUAAAAUAAAUGUGCAAAGUAAUGAGAAAUAAUUUAAGUGAGGAAGAAAAAUUAUAAUUUAAUUUCAUUAUAAGAAAAAAAACAACACCCUGUAAGCAUGAUCUACAGUCACUAAAAUACUUGGAUAUGAAGACAAGGUGGGGAAGGAAAGCUUACGUAUAAUGAUGUCUGGAAAGAUUAAGUAUGGUAGGCCUAUAUGACUAUAAUCAUAUUCUUUCUUUAUUAAGACCUCAGAGAUUCAAGUGCCAAAGACAGAUGCAUUUCAUAUGAGGAAGGUCGAGCAAUCUCAAAAGAGCUGGGAUUAAACUAUGCAGAAACAAGUGCCCUGAAUCAAUAUGGCUUAAAAGAAUGUUUUGAUCGAUCAGUAAGUGUUAAAAUUGUAAUCUCCCUUCAAGGUGGUAUCCAAAGUUGUUUCCUUUAGGACAAAAACCCAUAAAUUAUGAGCUUUCUAAAUACAAUGUAAUUAUGUUACAUUGAUAGGCUUAAAUACAAUCAGACGCUGUAAUGAGAAAAUGUCACAUAAUUAUUUGGCUUUGAACUAUACUAAGAGCUUUCAAAUAAUUUCUGUCACACUUUUAUUUAUAUUUUUAAAUAUUCAAAAUUAUAUGAAUAUUAUUUACUAAUUAAUUUUGUUCUAUUUUUCCAGAUUCAGAUUUCGCUUGAAAAUGCUAAAGCACAAAAAUCAAAGUCUAUUUUUUCAAUUGGAAGUAAAAAAAAGAAUGGCCUAACAUUAUUUCCACCCAUAAUGCCCCCUGCAGGUAGUAAUUUUGAAACAGUAUUAAAAUUACCAUUCUUUCCUUAGUGUUGUUAUCAUAAAUAAAAGUAUUAUUUCAAGACACAAAAUUUUGAGAUGUUAAUCUGAAGUAAAUGAUCUAAUAAAAAAACUAAUAAUUACUUACAAUGCAUUAUAUUUCCAAUAACUGAAAAUAUUAACUUAUAAAAAUGAUUCAAAAUAUUUUCAUAAUUUUUUUGUAUCAAUGUGAAGUACUAUUAAUGAAAUAAGCUUACCAAUCUAUUAAGUGAUGAAUAUUUAAAAAGCUAAUUUACAUUCAUAAUUGGUUAGAUGAAAGGAUACUUAUAAAGAGAUUUUUAAAAUACAAUCUUUAAGAGAAAUUUUUCAUUAAACAAAUUUGAUAUUGUUUUUUAAUUCUUAAUUUUAGAUUUUAAAGAAGAAAAGUUCACUUUAACUUGCAAGUUUAGUAAAGCGAGAAAAAAAAAAUUCAGCUUAGCUAAUGUUUAUUUUUACGUAUAUUAAUCAAAUUAUUUGUAAAAAGGGAAAGCUCCAUGGAUGGAAAUUGAAUCAUCAGUGUUCGCUACAGACUGGUACAAAGCACUUCAGGAUCCAAAAUUUCAUGAUGUGACAUUUCUGGUUGAAGGCACAAGAAGGCUUCAUGCACACAAGUUAGUUCUCUGCGCAGCAUCAAAGUUUUUUGGGAAAAUACUGGCAAGCAUCCUGCCAUCAAAUGUAUGUAAUAUAUAUAAAAUGAUACAUUUUAUAGAACAGAGUUUAGAUAUGUUUUAAAAUAAAUUUAUAUUAAAAAUUAUUGUUUAAAAUUGCUAUUAACAUAUCGACAAAAGAGAAGAAAAUAAUCACAAAAGACAAUCAUUUCAUGGAAAUAACUUUUAAUUUAAAAAGUGAAUAAUUUAUAUUUUAAAAAAAAAUGUUUUUGAAAUGAUUUUUUUCUUUUAAAUAAGUUUUAUAAUUAUAAUCUUUAUAACUUGAAGGAAUAAACAAAGCUUUACAAUUAUUUAAUCAUAUAUUAUUUUGUAAAAUGAAUUCUAUUACAUUCAGGAAUCAAAUCUUAGGGUUAGUUUUUCUUUUGUAAAAUUCAUAUUUAAAUUAAUAAAAUAUAAUUAAAUUGACGUAAAAUAAACAAUGCUAUAAUAGUGUGAAAGUGUUCUUUUUUUACAAAUACUUUUUAAAAUUUACAUCAAUAAAUACUAAUUUCUCAACACAUUGCUAGACAUCUGACUGAAAACAUAUCCUUAUUUUCAUUAAAAUAUAAGAUUUUAAAAAUAAAUAAUUGUAAUAAAGUUAUUGACAUUUUUUUAAACAUUUUUAAAAAUAUUAUAGAGCACACAGCUGCAAGAAUUCAAUCAGAUUGACAGCUUCAGUCGCGAUGACUUAAAUGCAGGGAAAAUUGAAGGUAAAAAAAAAUUGUUAAAAUAUAAUAAAUAUAUAAGAGACUGACCGAAUGUAAUUUUUCUGGUUUAUAUUGUGCGUCGAUAGCAAGUCGUCAAACAAUAAUUUAAUAAUAAUGAAUUUUGGUUUGCCGGCCAAGAGACAGGGUGACUAUCCAAAAUCUGGUAGAAAAUUGAAGGUUUCAAUUACUUUCUGUUUUGACCGAAACUGAGAAUACCGGUAUACCUAAAGUUAACUUUUCUGUUUCGACUAAGUUGAAGGUAAUCAAAUGGCAACUUUCGACACCCUAACCGAAAUUCAGUUGGUCUCUAAUAUAUAUAUACAAAAAUUAUUUGAAUCCCAUUCUCUUAUUUUAAUGCAUUAAUAUAAUAAUUAAAUAACAAUCCAGUGGCUAUAUUGCUAUGUUACAACCAGUAGUAACAUUAUAUUCAAAACCUAUAAACUUAAAACAUUUUGUGCUGUUUUAUUUCAGGAAUCUGCUCUGUGUAUGAUGUUGGUUCAACCUAUGGCAAAGACACUAUCAUUGAGAUAAGUGCAGAUAUAAAAGCCAAGACCUUUGUCAGAGUCCUGGAAUUUCUUUACACAGGUAUUAAACAAAAGGGUCUUGUUUUAAAGUUAAUAAAAUAAAAUCAUGAUAUCUUUAAUAAUUAUAUAAAACUAAAUGUAUGGCAUGGUCAAUAACAAUGAACUAUCCACUCUACUAAUUUUGUUGACCCAAAUAGUUGUAGUCAGCUAUGGAAUUGGAGUAGGGGGGGGGGAAGAGAUUACAUGUCCUAGAUCCAAAAUAUGUAUUUUGUCAUUUAAUAAGCUAAUAAUUGAAAAAGAAAAGAAGCCUUGUCUUCUUAUUUAGAAUUUGAAGGUAGGCCUAUACCAGAAGCUAUAAAAACGUUGUGAUCAGAAUGUGGCUGAUAAUUUAACGUGAAACAUUUUAUUUAAGCAUGUUUAUUCUAGUUUUGCAUGCUCCCAAAAAUGUGGAAUAUUUAAUUAACAGUGUUUAUUAAGUGAGUAUUUUGAAAACAUAUUUCAUUUAGGUCCUCUCUACUCAAACAAGAAGUCAGCUGGAAUAUUUCCGGCAAGACCUCACAGUGGCUUCAAAUAUUAACAAUUAUUAUAUUCAAAUAUACAUAACUCAUUUACAUCAGUGCUCUAAAGUUUUUAGACAAGAUAUACUUAAAACGUUAAGGACCCUUGCCUCAUUGAACUUUUAAAGGCCCUGCUCAAAGUUAAAGACAGCAAUGUUAUUAUUAUGUUUCUUAAUGAAGUCUUUUUAUUAAAAAAUAACUUGACAUUUAUAUAUCAGGUUUACCUAACAUACCAGAGGAUGCAAGUGAAGAGGUUUUGCAAGACCUACGCCGUGCAUCUGUCAUUUUUAAACUACCUUACCUGACAACAAUCUGUGACAACAUUAUGAGAGAAGAAGAGUUCCUCAACCCUAGCAUUGGGACAUACCUUAAUGAUGAGACUGGGGCAAAGAUGAAAGAGCUUUUCUUUAACCAGAAUGCAAAUGCUGACAUUAUUUUUAAUGUUGAAGGUAAUGAUUUAUUAUGUUAAAAUGAUUUUUUUUCCUAUACAGAUAAUUAUUCUGUAGAUACACUUUUUAAAUUGAAAAAUGUGUGCUUAGAUUUUAAAUCAAAUUAAUUAUUCAUUUGUCUUAAAGACAGUCCUAUUCUUCCAAAUAAAUAAAUUUAUACAAGUUUUUUUUUAAUAUUGUUAAAUAUAUUAACCAACUGAAAUACAUUCAAGAAACAUAUUUAGAGCAGGCCUGCACAACAUAUGGCCCGCGGGCCACAUGGGCCCACCAGCACCCACUUUGUGGCCCGCAAGGUAACGAAAUAUUUUUGAUUCUUAUUAUUUUCUUAAUAGCAUUUCCCCUGUCCUAUUUUCUUUCGGCCCGCACAAGUCCAUUCCUAUUUUUUCAUAAAGUAUUACGGCCCGCCUUACAUUUUGAGUUGUGCAGGCCUGAUUUAGAGGAUUCAAUAUGAAUGAGCAUUUACUUCUUUUGACUUCUACUUAGAACUUUGAUAGGUAAUAGAAGAAAUAGAAUGAAUAGCAAGUGAGAAAUUAUAAUGGCAUUGUAAAAUAGUAUCUUUAAUUUGUUCUUAUGAAACAUUAAAAUUAUUGAAGCCUUGCAUUUAGUUUGACUGUUUUAGAUUAAGGGAUAUUUACUUUUGUCCCUGACUAAUAUAUGGGUAUAUGAGUUAUAAAGAUAAUAACAAUAGCACUAUUAUAAAUAAUUAAAACAAUAUUUUAAAAUUAAUUUUAUCUUGGGAAAUUUAUGUUUACAUAAAAUGUUAAGCAAAGCAAAACUUUUAUUUGUAAAUUUUUUAAGUAGCAGAAAAAAAAAUGGGGGAUCAUUGAUGUUGUCUUUAAGAGAUUCAAAUAAUUGCAUUAAAUUAAAAUCUAGUUAUGUUUUAACAUUUUUUUUUAGAUCCUCUUUCUUUAUGUUUCUUUCUUUAAACACGUAUUAUCAUUUUAAUUUCAGGUGAUCAAAUAUUUGCUCAUAAAAUUGUACUUUGUACUAGAAAUGAUGUUAUGGCUGCCAUGUUGUCAGGCAAUUUUAUGGAAGGCAACAAUGAAAGUAUUGCGCAGGUAAAACAAAGCAGUAAAACUUGUUGCCUUUAUACUUUACUGGGGAGCACUUAUUAAAAUAUAUUCUCAAAGUACAUAUAAGCCUACUUUAUGUGCUAGGGUACACUUAUUAAACUAAAUAUUUGUUGGAAUUAUACUUUAUGUGAUAGUCAACACUUUUCAAAAUAUAUUCUGAGCAUACAUUUUUUUGUGUGUUUAAUUUGCAAUUUGAUUAAAUUAAUUCUAUGUGUUAACUUUACGUUAAUGUUUCAUCUUCAAGGUCAAUAUUCCUCAUGCUAACAAGGAGAACUUUAUAGCUUUACUAGAGUACUUGUAUACUGACCAUGCCCCGCUAGAAGAAAGCACUGACCUGGUUGGUGUUUUAUCUCUGGCUGAUGAGAACUGCCAGCAGCGAUUAGUCAAUUUGUGUGAACUGUAUAUCAGCAAGGAGGUUGACAGAGCAUGCCAAAGCCGAAUUGAGAGAGCAGAGAUUGAUGUCAUUGGCUUAUUGAAUACAGCUCAUGUAAGUUUCAUGAUAUUAAUAUUAAUCCCCAUUUCAAAGUUGUUUAAAAAUAUUUUUACACAUAAGUAGCAUUCAAGUUCAAGAAAUUUAAUUAUGAUUUCUUUAUAUUUUUUUUUAAUUUCAGAUUUUUAAUGCAAAACAGCUGGUAACAUUCUGUCUCCACUUUAUCUCAACUAACUUCAAUGCAUUUUCAAAGAGAAAAGAGUUUGCUCAACUAAAUCCUGAUGACAGUAAAUAUGUAAAAGAAAACAGAUGGCCUCCUCUUAACUAUUUAAAAGAAGUGGAAGAAUAUGAAAAAGAGCUCUCAAAAAAGGGAGAAAAGUGUGCUGUUAUGUAAUAGCUUAAUUUUGGUUUUAAAACUUCCAUUCCAAAUAAUUUUAGCCAUGGCUGUAUACAGAGUAGUCACUAAAAUUGGUGUCACCAGAUGUGUUAAAUUCAUGGUUUCAACCAAUCCCCUUGUCUUGACUCUCCCACACUCAAUAAUCCCUGGAGAACUUCCUCAGCGUCAAUCUUCUCUGCUGACAUCCUGUUCUGGUGGCAAACUAUUUUUUUUUAAAAACCUUUUUCUGGUGUCUGUCUGUUAUCUUUGCAACCUUUUCCGAUCGCACCUUGCUCUGCCUGGUGACACAUGUUUCUGUUGGCAACCGGCUAAUACUGCUAUGCCGUAAAUCUGAUCUGGUGGCAACCGGCUAAUACUGCUAUGCCGUAAAUCUGAUCUGGUGGCAACCUGCUCUGGUGAAAAUCUGAUCUGAUGGCACCCUGCUCUGGUGACAAUCUGUUUCUGGGACACCCUGCUCUGGUGACAGUCUGUUCUGGUGGCACCCUGCACUUGUGAUAAUCUGUUUCUGGGGUACCCUGCUCUUGUGGCUCCUUGCUUUGUUGGACUCCUUUUCUGUCGGCACCCUGCUCUGUUGGCACCCUAUUCUUGUGGCUCUCUGUUAUGGUUGCUCCCUAUUCUGUUGACACCCUAUUUUUUGAAGCACCCUACUCUGGUGACACCCUGUUAUGGUUUCACCCUAUUCUGUUGACACCCUAUUUUUUGUGGCACCCUAUUCUUGCGGCUCUCUAUUAUGGUUUCACCCUAUUCUGUUGACAUCCUAUUUUUUGUGGCACCCUACUCUGGUGACCCGCUGUUCUUGUAUUUAACCUACUCAUGGUGUCACUCCACAUCCUAGUGACGCCACUUGAUCAAAGUGAAUUAAGUUUUACUUUUUCUGUGAUAUAUUUAUUUCCUGAGGAAAUUUUAGUCGAAUCUGCAAUUGAAUGAUUGUGUCAAUUUUAACAGCCCACCCAUUUCACAUUAGGUAAAUAUUAAUUAUUGUAUAUUAAUGGUAAAAGGAACUGCUAGGAGUAUCACUUAAUUUUAAAAUGAUCAUAAAAAUAAAGUUUAUUUGAAAAUCACGUUUCAUCCCCAAAGGCUCGAAGCGCAAUACAUAGUCUAGUAUAUUAAAAGACAAAUGAAACACUCUAUAAUAUACCACAUUAAAAUACUAAAUGCAAAAUUGCAAAAACUAUAUACGAGAAUACCCAUUCUAACUCUUUCAUACCUAACCACCAUAAACAACACAGGCCAAUACACAUCUACAAGAUAAUAGCCAGAUAGACAACAUCAUCCCAGUAGGUGUUUGCCAAAUAGAUAUGUCUUCAGAUCAGUUUUGAAAGACUCCAGUGACUCGCUGUUUCUAAGAGCGACAGGAAGAGUGUUCCAAAUUGUUGAUGAUUUUUUUUUUUUGCAUUCAAGGCUUUUUUGUUGUUGAUGAUUUGUUUUGAACUGUUUACUCAAUGUAUGAAUCUUAAUUACAGGGUAUGUGUCCCAGUUAAAAAUGUAUGCACAUAAUUAUCAUAUACCAGUACCAAAAGUUUUGGGUGCACUGCCUUUAACCAUUCGAUAUUGGUUGCCAUUGCUCUAACCAUUCCAUGUACCUCAAGUGUUGGGUUCCCUGGCUCUAACCAUUCCAUUUAUUACAAGUGUUUGAUGCUGUUAAUCUAACCAUUCUAUGUAUGACCAGUAUUGGGGGCCCUUGCUCUAUUCAUUCAAGAUUGGUGGUAUUUCUUAGAAUAGUAAUGACUGUGUAUUAAAUUAAAUACCAUAUUACAUGAAGUUCUCACACCAACAGCUUGUGCAUGUGUGUGUUAUUCCUGUAUGUCAGCUAAUC